AUGCAGGCGGAGUUAGAGAUGAUUCAGCGGCGGAAGGCCGAGUUGGAGACUCGGUAUUCCGCCGCCAAGGCCGGUGGGGCUGAGACGGCCCAGAUAGAGGCGGAGGCGCAGCAGAUUCUGGCAUAUGAGCAGGCGGUGUUGAGCAAGCAGCAGGACGAGCGGGCGACGAUUCUUUGUUGCAGUUGCGGAGUACCUGUGCAGGCCAAUGAGACCCGACUAUGCUUGACGUGUUUGGAACAACGGGGCGGUGUGGCUGAGGAGAUCAGUGAGACCAAUACGGUGAACUACUGCAAGUCAUGUCAGAGGUACGAGUCCAAAAACCAGUGGUUGAUGUGUGAGUGGGAGUCGAAGGAAUUGCUGGCGCUAUGCCUCAAGCGCAUUCGCAAGCCCAAGGACGUGCGUCUUGUUGAGGCCAGCUUCAUCUGGACGGAAUCGCACAGUAGGCGUAUCAAAGUGCAAAUAGGCGUGGAACGCGAAAUUGACAACGUCACUAUCCGUCAGAAGAAAAUAGUCACCUUUGUUGUCACCACACGGCAGUGCGAUGAGUGCACUAAGUCCGUCACGCCGCACAUCUGGGUUAGCAACGUGCAGGUGCGGCAAAGAGCAGGCGUCAAGCGCACCAUGCUCUUCCUCGAGCAGCUCAUCCUCAAGUACGAGAUGCACAAGAACUGUAAUAACAUCGUGGACACGCCAGAUGGUCUUGACUUCCAGUUCUCAAAGCCGCAGCACGCCCAGGCGCUCGUACAGUUCAUCAGACAACACAUCUGUUGCAGAGUCGCCCCAACUGCUACACAGCUCGUUUCUCACGACGCAAAGUCCAACGUGUUUAGAAACAAGUACACCACUAUCAUUGAGCUGUGCCCCAUUAACCGUAACGAUCUCGUAUAUAUACCGAAGAAGAUUGCCUCCCACCUAGGGGGUGUCCCUUCUCUCAUGAUUUGCGAUCGUGUGUCCAGCGGUAUUCGACUCGUCGACCCAAUUGGGCUACGGAAUGUAGAUCUGGAUGGAGAGCGCUACUUCAAACUCGGAUUCCAAAGUUUGUCCUCUCGCAUGGUCGAAUUUAUGGUACUCGACGCACAACCUGUCGAUCCAAGCAAGAUUGCUACCGCCGGCAUUGCCGGCAGAUUCCUACAGGGUAUGGCUAAUAAAUAUGCGCCAACUGCCGGCCCCCUCAGCAGGCAAUCCAAUGCCCAAAUUCCCAGCCAGCUGGGAAACAAUGGUGCCUUGGAUCAAUUGAUUCAAGACCAACAGAUGCAAGGUCUUACGCAGGCACAAGACGAGGUUUCAGUUACGUCAACUGUGAGAACUUCUGCUGUCAGGGGACGCAACAACAUGGUACUGGCUGAGGUCGAACUCUGCAAGUGCAGUGACCUGGGAGUCAACGAACGCUACGUCCGAACCAUCAGUCAUCUGGGUGCAUAUCUAAAGUCCGGCGACAUCGUGCUGGGCUACGACCUCGCGACCAAUAACUUUAGUGAUAGCGAUGGAGCUUUGAACGAGGUGCUACGAAAUUUCCCUUACGAAGUCAUGGUCGUUAAGAAACAAAGUCACAAAAAGGUCAAACAGUGGGAAUUCCAGAACUUGCCCAAGGACAUCCGCACACGCAAAUGCAGCGAACAUGAAAUCGCCCAAGCCGAACAAGAUAUCGACGACCUCGCACAGGAACUUCAAGCACUGCAAGUGUAA